AUGAAGCCAGCUGAGAAGAACUAUCCGGUUCACGACAAGGAGUUAUUAGCGAUGCGCUAUGCACUCAUCAAGUUUCGCGUGCAUCUCCUUGAUGAACGUACAUUUGCUUUGUACACCGAUCAUGCAUCGCUGCGCACAGCGAUGAAGAGCCCACACCUGUCCCAACGGAUGGCACGAUGGCUCUCAUUCUUCUCUGAGUACAACUUCGUCGUGCAUUACAAGCCAGGCAAGACCAAUAUUCUCGCUGACGCCUUGUCACGACGUCCCGACUACGAUCCUCGGACUGCUCUGAGUCGCCAGGCUACUGAUGACGAGGACGAUGAUGACCGAUGUGCAAUGUGUGUAUCGCUGAACUUAACUCGGGUUACACCCGAGCCGUGUUUAUUUGAUGAGAUCUUCGCAGCUUACAAGGGCGAUUCAGAUUAUGCAGACAUUAUCGAGUAUCUGCGUGCUCCCAGCGAUGCUGCACUGGGAGCCUUAUCCCGAACCAAGCGCGACCAUAUUCAUCGAUACAGUUUAGACGGUGAUUUGCUUCUGUAUAGAAUCGAUCAAUUCGAUGCUCCUCGCACGGUGAUUGCCAAUGACAUGGAUUUGCGUGCAAGAAUCAUCCACGAGUAUCACGAUGCUCCUGCUGGCGGCCAUUUAGGCCUCGAAAAGACUUUCGCGGCUGUUUCUCGAGACUUCUUCUGGCACCAUAUGUAUAAGUGGGUACGCAACUGGAUCCGAACGUGCGAAAUAUGCCAGCGUGUGAAGCCACCUCCAUCCUCACAGGCUCCCUUACGAUCGUUGCCAAUUGCAUCAGAGGCCUGGAGAUCAGUUUCGAUGGACUUCAUCUUCGGGCUUGCGUCCGAUAGUCAAGCUCGAACGGGCAUCGUGGUUUUUGCUGACAGAUUCAGUAAUAUGACACAUCUCGUGCCUGUUCACGCUAAGAUCACCGCGGCAGAGACUGCGGCGCACUUCAUCGACGCGGUGUUCCGUCAUCAUGGACUUCCAGAGAACAUUGUUUCGGACCGUGAUCCGCGAUUACGUCCGCAUUUUAAACGUCACUUUUCGAGCUCCUCGGGACAAUACUGCUGA